ACUGGGUUCAAGGCAGGCUCGACCGUGGUCGAGUUCGUUGCUCCAUCAGAAGAUGAUCCCAGCUAAUAUGUUUCUUAGCCUUCUCUCCUGUAAGACUUUCUCGGUCGCGCAGGACACUAGUUUGUCGGUGACUUGGACCUCGGGAGAACCAUUUGUAUUCGUUUCCACUGACACGGUCUCGUCGAGUGGUCUCUCAGCCGCAGCACCAUCUUCGGUUGCCGAGAGUCUGACGCCUUCGGCCUCGUUCAGCGACGGCCAGGGCCGGAGCACAACUCCAUCGGGUACUGGUAGUGACCCCCAGACGCUUUCGGCCUCGUUCAGCAACGGUAAUGGCCAAAGCAUGACCUCAUCAGACGCUGGUAGUAGUCCUCAGUCCAUUGCGGGGACAGCCCCUACGAUAGUUCAGGGCUCGUCCCCAAGUUCGACUUCUCGACUGAAUACGGCCAUUGGUGCGGGUAAUGCAGCACAACCGGGCGCUUCUUCAGGCUCCCCGAUCGGAGGCGGAGGCGGUGACCAACCUGAUAGCGAUGGAACCAAUCCGGACAUAGGAGGCACUGGUGCUGGGGUCACGCAAGUUGCGUUUGCUGGUCACGCGAUCGCUAUGGCGGUUGUUUUCGUGUCCGGACUCGUCGUAAUCUGAGCGUGGAAUGUGGUAGAAGUGUUUCUCCCUUGACUCGUUCACCAUUCGCAGUCGAGCUCUGAGUCAUGGACAGUCAGGUCCGCCAUUGUGUAAGCGUAUUGGUCUGUUUAUUUCAUGCAGGACAUUUUUGCCAAGACUGAGCCGAGUUCGGCCGAGUGACUGAUUCCCAUACAAACGGCGCAAAAAUCAAUGG